CGCGGCGGGAGCGAGGACGGCGGCCGGGAGCGUGCGCGCGGUGACGUGCCGGGCGCCAUGUUGGAGGGUUGGUGGUAGCGGCUUGGGGAGGUGCUCGCUCUGUCGGUCUCGCUCUCUCGCACGCUUCCCCCGGCUCCCUUCGUUUCCCCCGCCCGGUCGCCUGCGUGCCGGAGUGUGUGCGAGGGAGGGGGAGGGCGUCGGGGGGGUGGGGGGAGGCGUUCCGGUCCCCAAGAGACCCGCGGAGGGAGGCGGAGGCUGUGAGGGACUCCGGGAAGCCAUGGACGUCGAGAGGCUCCAGGAGGCGCUGAAAGAUUUUGAGAAGAGGGGGAAAAAGGAAGUUUGUCCUGUCCUGGAUCAGUUUCUUUGUCAUGUAGCCAAGACUGGAGAAACAAUGAUUCAGUGGUCCCAAUUUAAAGGCUAUUUUAUUUUCAAACUGGAGAAAGUGAUGGAUGAUUUCAGAACUUCAGCUCCUGAGCCAAGAGGUCCUCCCAACCCUAAUGUCGAAUAUAUUCCCUUUGAUGAAAUGAAGGAAAGAAUACUGAAAAUUGUCACUGGAUUUAAUGGUAUCCCUUUUACUAUUCAGCGACUAUGUGAAUUGUUAACAGAUCCAAGGAGAAACUAUACAGGAACAGACAAAUUUCUCAGAGGAGUAGAAAAGAAUGUGAUGGUUGUUAGCUGUGUUUAUCCUACUUCAGAGAAAAACAAUUCCAAUAGUUUAAAUCGAAUGAAUGGUGUUAUGUUUCCUGGAAAUUCACCAAGCUAUACUGAGAGGUCUAAUAUAAAUGGGCCUGGGACACCCAGGCCACUUAAUCGACCAAAGGUUUCUUUGUCAGCCCCCAUGACAACAAAUGGGUUGCCUGAGAGCACAGACAGCAAAGAGGCAAAUUUGCAGCAAAAUGAAGAGAAAAGUCACAGUGACUCUUUGACAUCUGAAUCAGAAGUUUCCUCAGUGAGCCCUUUGAAAAAUAAACAUCCAGAUGAAGAUGCUGUGGAAGCUGAGGGACAUGAGGUAAAAAGACUCAGGUUUGACAAAGAAGGUGAUGUCAGAGAAACAGCCAGUCAAACGACUUCCAGCGAAAUUUCUUCAGUUAUGGUAGGAGAAACAGAAGCAUCAUCUUCAUCUCAGGAUAAAGACAGAGAUAGCCGUUGUACCCGGCAGCACUGUACAGAAGAGGAUGAAGAAGAGGAUGAAGAGGAAGAAGAAGAGUCUUUUAUGACAUCAAGAGAAAUGAUCCCAGAAAGAAAAAAUCAAGAAAAAGAAUCUGAUGAUGCCUUAACUGUGAAUGAAGAGACUUCUGAGGAAAAUAAUCAAAUGGAGGAAUCUGAUGUGUCUCAAGCUGAGAAAGAUUUGCUACAUUCUGAAGGUAGUGAAAACAAAGGCCCUGUAAGUAGUGGUUCUUCUGACGGCCGUGAAACAGAAGAAUUAGUAGGAUCCAAUUCCAGUAAAACUGGAGAGAUUCUUUCAGAAUCAUCCAUGGAAAAUGAUGAAGCCACAGAAGUCACCGAUGAACCAAUGGAACAAGACUAACUAUUGAGAAACAUUUGGAUGCAGUAUUUUACAUACAGUUCUGGUUUUAACACUGUAUAAAACUUUUAUGUAAGAAAGUGGACCUUUAGUUUUACAAGAGAAGCAGGUUGUAAAAUAAAGUACUUUAUGGAUAAUUCCUGAAAGGGUUGUACAUGUAAGAACUGUGAAUAUCAGCUCCUCUGGGUCCUGCUUACCUUACCGCUGAGUUUUCUUUCUUUCUUUUUUUGGUCUGAGCAAAUCAGUGGUUUGUGUAUAGAUGUUUGUUUUUUUUUUUUUUUUUUUUUUUUAAAUUUAGGAUUAAAGUUUUUAAACUGGAAGUAAUUAUAAUUUUGAAAAGUUUUUUGAGAUUAUCACAUUUAGUUUAUACAUAUGCGAGAAGCUUUUUGUCUUGUCUCUUUCUGAUAGCUCUAGCAGUUUUCAUAUUUUGGUCAUAGUUUCAACAUUUUAACAUGUGUAUUAUAGGGUUUCAUGCUGGUUUCCAGAUUUUAUUGUUUGGCUACAUACAAUGGAACUUUAAGUCAUAUAUACAUACAUACAUACAUACAUAUAUAUAUAUAUAUAUAUUAUUCUAAGGGGGGAAAUGUUAUAUUUUUCUGUUUCUAUAAGAGAUGAAUACAGUGGAUACUUUUUCUAUUGGUAAUGAUUGAGUUCACCUCUUUCAGAAGACAUUUUCUUUCUCUUCUGAGUAAUUGAAAUAAAAUCUGGCCCUUGUGAAACCCUGGAAAUCUUAAGUCUGUUGAAAUACCAGGUUAAACACAUUCCAAGAGAUCUGUUCAAACUCGAAUUCUUUUGUAUACUUCUGAGGUGCCUGAGAAAAAGACUUCAUUAUUUAUGAGAAAAUAUGCUUUAUCUUGGAAAUUGUGUUCAAAUGUUAGCUUACUAUUUUGUAGAAUGAAUGUUUAUGAAGCUGAUAUGAGACCAUCUCAGAAGAACCAAGCAGGUUCCUUGACCUUUUGCUUGCUUUUCUGAACAUUGUGAAUAUUACACGUCUUUCUGAAUUAUUCUAGGGUAUGCAAAUAUCAAUGGUAUGAAACACCACUGUACUGGAAGAAUUAAUAUAUUACUUUAGUAUGUACCUGAGCUAAGUGACUGAAGCUUUAGGGGUGCAUAGAAACCACCAUAAUUUGUAUGACAUUUUGAAGUGAAUUAAAUAUUUUUGAACAUGCUUCUUCGACAGCCAGUGUUAUAUUUUUCAGAUCAACACAAAGCACAAUGAUUACUCUAAAUUCCAUAUUUUCAAAUUUACAUAUUUAAAGUCAUGCAAGCUGCAACUUCCCUGUCAAAAUUACUGGCUGCCAAAUUUAUACCUGUUUCUUCAGCUGUACCUUUUGAUAUUUAGAGUUUUUAAAUUUCUGUAAAGUAGAUUUUGUAGAAUGUAAUGUGUUCACUGCCUUUGUGAAGCGGUAUAUAAUUGUAUAAUUUCUGUGUGUAAACUGAAUGCUUGGGCUUUCAAUACAGUAUUCAUAUAAAGCAAUAAAUAUUAAUGUUAUGAAAUAUUCGAGUACAUUUUUAUCAAAAUAUGAAAGAAUCCCCCUUUUUUUAGUUUCAGAUACCUGAACUACACAGAUGAGCUUCUAAAACUGAUGCAAACAGUUUCUGACACUGUAUAAUAUGCUUUUGGGUGAUUUGGGGGGCAACCACAAGUUUUGCGUUUUGACUACUUAAAUCAUCAUGACUGUAAAUACCAAAACGAUUUGGAUCCAUUUAUGUUUGUAGGAUAAUAUACUACUGACUGACUUGACUGUCAAGUUCAUAACAGCUAGAUGAUAUAUUUAUGACUAUGUCUGAUAGUUGAAAUAAAAUCUGAAUAUUGAUUUACUAUACCGAAGAGGGGAGAAAAAUUAAACAUUGUAAAUUUUUUUUCAAAAAUGUUAAAAUGAAGCAAAUUUAAGUUUACAAAUUUUGAAAUUUUCUUUUGAAUAUUUAUGAAAUUUUCAGUAAACCUACCUAAGAUCCUGUGACCUUUGAUAUCUUUUAUUUUAAUUGUAGUGCCAUGGACCAUUUGUAAACAAAUUGAUAUACUUUUGUUGGUUAUAAAUGAAGAUUUAGCAUUAUGACUUUGAGGUCUGUGGUUUUAUUUGUAAACUUGCAAUUGCUAUAUUUGCAAGGGCAAAUGUAUUUCUUUAUUAAAUAAAGUACAAUAAUGGUGAAUGUACCAAAAUGACAUCACUUAACUCUAUGAGAGAUUGGCAUUUUAAUCUAUAGUUUAAUAGUUUUAAUAUUUAUUAGAUAUUCAUAUGUUGAUCAUAGAUCAAACUUGUUGCUGUUUAUACAGAUAAUUGUAGAAUGCUCAUGGAAUAUCUUUAGGGUAGGUGGAAUACUUCUGUAGUUAAAUUGGGAAACCUUGUUCAGCUGGUUUUAGAUAUUGAUGGCCAUUUGGAAGUAAAUUUCCGCAGGUAUUCAUAGGUGCACUUAACACAGACUUUGCUUAAUGAAAAUGUCAGUUCUAAUAGUAACUGAUUUAUUUAUGAAUCAAUUCUAAUAGUAACUGAUUCACUUCUGAACAGAAGUGAUUUUAGGCAUAUUUCUUAACACAUAUCAAGCAAAGUCCUGUUAAAAGAUCUAAAUGAAGAAUGGAGACCUCAGUGAUUAAAGAUAUUUUGUUUCUGACCUUGAGCAGAUUGCUUACCUGUUCUCUAGACUAUAACCCAACAUGUAAAAAAAAAUUUGAAGAUGGUGAUGAGGAAAGUGAGAUACAUAUAUAUGGUAUGUUUUUAGCACUUUUCCCUUUUAAAAAGUGAAAAUAUCCUUGUACAUUUUUGAAAAAUAUAUUUUCAGUUCUGAAAAAUGUAGCAGAAGUAGUGAAAAUGUCAUAUUUUAAAUGUUGACUAUUAGAUAAAUUUAACCUGCUUUAGGGUUUAUUGUAACUACGCCUUUCAGAAGUGUGUUUGAGUAGUGGAAUUGCCAGCCAGGCCAUGUGGCUUGGAAAGGCAUCCCAGAAAUCCUCGGCCAGAAGGUGUGGCCUGUUAAAGCAUUGAGAUUCAGAGUAUUUUGUUUGCCGGUGUAGAUAGGCAUGUAUUUAUGCAUUUUUGCAUUUGUAAAAUCAACUUUUCAAAUAAUGUAAAUGUAAUAUACUAGUUUACUUAAAGGUACUUGGGCAGAAUCUAAAGCUGCUGCAAUGUUUGAUUAUGGAAAAAUGUAACAUGGUAAGGAUGAAAAUGCAACUUAAAAAACCAAAGGAAUUAAAAAUUUUCGGUAGUGUUUCAAAUUGUCUUCUGAACAGGAAUUUAACAUUGGUUUUGAUAAAAUGAGGGUCAGUUCUCAAGAUUUGUGCUAAUCAUAAAAUGAAUGAAUGCAAAACAUCUUGUGAUUUCAUAUGGAAUUAUAAAAAUUAGCUUUACUGGGUUUUGGCCUAAUAAGAAUGCUAGUAUGUAUUGGUUAGAAUACAUCUUACUAUUUCACAUUUUAAAAAUCAGUACACUCUUCAGGAUUUUCUUUUAUUUCAACUUGGAGCCUAGAUUACUUUGCCAAAUGUAUUAUUUUCAUAAUGCAAUAAAAUAUAAAUUAGAAUAUU